GGUUACGCAAUGGAGGCGUGCCGCGCAGGCGUGAGGCCCCUGCGCGCUGGAGAAUUAGUGCCGUAGCUCUUCCUUCUGGGCUGGGGUCUCGCACGCGGCUCUCGGAGAAACCCGGCCUCUUGACCACUGAGUUGCGCAGGGGAAUGGAUCCUGAUGCAUUGGGCUCUCCCGGGCAUGGACUCCCGCGGGGAGGAUGUUCCUCCUGGGCCAAAUGGAAGGCAGGGUUCCCCACUAGCCUGGAGGGCACAGGAAGAUGGGGUUCACAACUAGUCGAGACCGACAGAGGAUGCAGAUCCAGAUUCAAGGGCUCGAGAGGACAUGGAUCCCAUUUGAGUCCCACUGGAACAGGGUCUUGACUGAUUUGUUCCUUCUGGGUGAGCUCCGUACGGGAAGGACCCCCAGUAGACAGCUACCCUGUCCCAACUCACACCACAGGGCCCUCUACACCUUGCCUCGCUGGGCUGAAGGGGGUCGUGAUGGCCCGAGGGACGGAGUAUGGGACACCCUGCUGGGCUUUAUGGGACAGGACGGCCCCACGACCCGCCCCGGGGCCAGCGGUCGUCCCUCCUCUCCCGCAGGGGCCGGGUUGGGGGCGGUGCCUGGCGGGCGGGGGCGGGUCCUGCGGAGGGGCGCAGUCGCCGGGCAGCGGGUUGCGGGACUUACUGGGCAGGGGGGCUGGGGUGGGACCCGGCGGGCGCCAUGGAGCUGCUCUCGGCGCUGAGCCUAGGCGAGCUGGCGCUCAGCUUCUCGCGGGUGCCGCUCUUCCCCGUCUUCGACCUCAGCUACUUCAUCGUCUCCAUUCUCUACCUCAAGUAUGAGCCAGGAGCCGUCGAGCUGUCCCGGCGCCAUCCCAUGGCGUCCUGGCUGUGCGCCAUGCUGCACUGCUUCGGGAGUUACAUCUUGGCUGAUCUGCUCCUUGGGGAGCCCCUGAUCGACUACUUCAGCAACAAUUCCAGCAUCCUGCUGGCCUCAGCCGUCUGGUACUUGAUUUUCUUCUGCCCCCUGGACCUCUUUUACAAGUGUGUCUGCUUCCUGCCUGUGAAACUUAUAUUCGUGGCCAUGAAGGAGGUAGUGAGAGUCCGAAAGAUCGCCGUGGGCAUCCAUCACGCCCAUCACCACUACCACCAUGGGUGGUUCGUCAUGAUUGCCACUGGCUGGGUCAAAGGCUCUGGUGUCGCCCUCAUGUCCAAUGUUGAGCAGCUGCUCCGAGGAGUCUGGAAGCCAGAGACCAAUGAGAUCCUGCACAUGUCCUUCCCCACAAAGGCCAGCCUGUACGGAGCCAUACUCUUCACCCUGCAGCAGACCCGCUGGCUCCCGGUGUCCAAAGCUAGCCUCAUCUUUAUCUUCACCAUGUUCAUGGUCUCCUGUAAGGUGUUCCUGACAGCCACUCACUCCCACAGCUCCCCUUUUGAUGUUCUGGAGGGCUACAUCUGCCCUGUGCUGUUUGGGACCGCCUGGGGGGGCAACCAUCACCACGACAACCACGGUGGGUCCCAUGGCGGGUCCCAUGGCAGCGGCGGGCCCGGCUCGCCACACUCAACCCUGCCUGCUAAGUCCAAGGAGGAGCUGAGUGAGGGCUCCAGGAAGAAGAAGACCAAAAAGGCAGAUUAGUGGAUGGCCCAGAGGCCUUGAGGGGUGCCAGGGAGAGAACCCGGACCCAGGACCCUCAAAGCUGGUGCAGGGGCAUCCUGGGCUCAGCUCUCCCCUCUCCGGGCCUCGACUUCCCAGUCUGCAAACUGGGGCCAUGUUGGGGGCGGGUUAAAUGAGAUAUGGGGGUGAGGGGCAUUUGUAGAAAUGGAGGGGUCCCCUCUCUCUUUCUGCCAGGCCACUGUAGCGACACAGCUGUGUUUGGGAGGAGGCCCACAGCAUCCUGGCAGUGGCCCCAGCCAGAAACCCUAGCAGUUAUAUUCUUGGUUCUACUAUUUCCCCUCUAAAACUAUAUCUCGACUCCGAAAGAACUUCAGGUCAGGUUGAGACUCAUGAAAUUGAUGGACGGUUCCUAAGUGUCUGCUAUGAGGCCGCGGCUGCGACUUCCGUCUCUUCGUGCCCACUCCUCCUGGACGGCACCAGGCAAGCUGCCUCCUCCGAGCCUUGCAUUCCCCAUCAGUGUAGUGGAAACCCCCAGCCCUCCUCCGAGCGGAAGUGCUGGCGCGCGCCUGGAUGUGAACCAGCCUCAUAAACUCUUAAGCACCAUGCAGUCGGGAGGGGAGGCCUUGACGGAUGUUCAUCGUGCUUGAGAACAGCUUUGCAUUUUAGAUUAUUUGUGUUUGUGGAUCGGAGAACCCCUGCAAGUUACCUGGCACAGAGGAGGCCUUCAGUCAACACAUCUGGGCCAGUUGUGAGAGCUUGGGGUGGGGGGGCUGGGGAAGGCUGCUUUUGAUCUUUGGCUUCAGGCCACCCCUAAACCAAAGAAAUGCAGCUGGCUGGGCAGGGGUGCCAAGAUCCAGCUCUGUCUAGAGCCUCCGAACACUUGCCUCGGGCCCUAGAAGCUUCGGGCCUCCCUCAUGCUGGCGUCCUCCACCGCCCAUUCAGUCUUUCAGAGGAGUCGGCUUGCUCUGUGCUGAGCCUUGUGCUGCUGCUGGGCGGGCCCGAAACAUGCUUCAGGGUGAGUGAGGGGAAUGGUAGUUGAACCCCCAUCCCCCCACCCCCACCAGCCACCUUCAUCUCAGCCUGUGUGACCAGGACAUCCGAGAUAGGGUGGGUAGAUGCGGUGUGGCCGGUCUCAGGUGGGGUUUGGGCCCAGGCGGGGCUGGCUUAGAGCUGUCCUCUGCACCGGGGUGAUCAGAGCAGCAGGCUACAGCUGCAUCAAGAUCACCACGGGGUCGGCGGGGUCCCAGGUAUUGCCCAGCUGUUGGGAAAGUGCCUUGAUCUGGUGACACCUGGGAGCCGGGUGGGUCCUGAGGCUCCAAAUUCAUCCUCUUGCAUGUUUGUCAAGGCUCGGCAUGAAGGUUCAGCAAAUAAAUCUGUGGUGAAAGAA